AUGCAACAGGCUGUUACGAGUUUAUGCUGGCAAAGGUCUAAACCAGUUGUUGUUGAUGAAAGAAAUUGCACUGCAGAGACUGCUCUUGUGGGAGAUGCAGUUGAAGAUUCAAUACUUAUGCCUGAUCCUUUACCUUCUUCAACUUCAUCAAACAUUUCUCUAAACACAUCUAUGCUGAAUUCUAGGAACUCAGGUCGCGUGGGUGCAUCCAUUGAUGCCACUUCAUUUACGACAUCUGGCAGUGGUUUUCCCAACAUACUAAGUGCACCUACUGCAGAAGAAACUCCACAACGAAACCAUUUAUGGCCAGGUGGAACCCUAUCAAGGUUGCAUGCUCCCCGUGGUAGUUAUAACUUGAAGGAUGACAUGGAGGUCUUCUCCCCUCUUGUGGAUGUUCAACCAUUAACACCCUCGCUUUGGGAUGAAAAUGGGAUAAAGAAGGAUAAUUUAUUUUCUGAUAGGAAACCUAUGUUGUUUCCGUCAUCUAGUAGAAGAUUCUCAAGUUCUGAGGAAGGAAUCAGUGAUCAUCCAAUAUCUGAUUGGAAAUCUGGCUCAUCUUCCAAGCAGGAUAUUACUCAGUCUUCCUUUCAACUUGCGGGGUCAACACCUCCCCCUCCUUCUUCAAAAACUGAAGAUUCUUCUAUCACUCCUCCAGAAGCUUGGGGUGGUGAGCGGUUAAGUGAAAAAUAUGCUUAUCCUCGUCAACCUGUCAAUGUACCAUCUCGAUUUGGGAUGUUGGCUUCUGGUGGUCAGUCAGCAGGAUCAAUGUUAUCUGGAUUACAGGAUACAUCCUCAUCCGUGGGUGUUAGUUCAUAUGCCAGUUCAAGCCUAAGUUUUGCCAAUUUACGUGCCAAGGAUGUCUCUACAAGCCAGGAGACUUCCUUGGGGUUUACUGAUCACACAUUCUCUACUUCUUUGCCUUUGUCCGUCAAUACAAAAACCAGCCUUGGACAAACAAGCAUUGAUUCCUCAAAACUCCUUGAUUCCCCGAGAAUGUCAUCUUUUAAUCGAAGAUUUUCUACUUAUGCAGAAAGAAUAAGCACUACAUCUACCUUCAGCGAUGGAGUAUCCCUUUCAGUUAGCUCCCCUAAGAUUAAGAAAUCAGGAGCUGAAACCAGAGAAGAACUUCUAAAUAGUCUGCUGUUGAAGUCUGAUAUAUCUGCUCCGACAGAAUCUGGCUCAUUACCGCUGACAAGUGGAGUAAUCUCACAACAGAAAGCAUCUCAGCCAGAUGCACAAGGAUCUUCGUUUACACUUCAGCUUUUUCAACGGACGCUAGAAGAAACUCUUGAUUCCUUCCAGAAAUCCAUACACGAGGAUAUGAGAAACCUUCAUAUUGAAAUUUUAAGGCAGUUUCAUAUGCAAGAGACGGAAAUGUCAGCUGUAAUGAACUCUAUUAUGGAAAACCAAGCUGAGUUGAUGAAAGAAGUGAAGUCUCUUCGUAAGGAAAACCAGCAACUCAGACAAAUGCUUUGA